AGAUGACAUCUCUUCAGGGACCCCCUCGUUUAGAUAUGUCACCUCAUGAGCUAGGUAGAAUGGAGCGAGACCUUAACUUUUGGGGUAUAAUGAACUCUCUGAGAGUCAAUGGGCGAUUAUGUGACAUCCUUUUGUCCGUGACAGGUGAUGAUGGUAGUGAUAUAGAGUACCCAGCACAUAAAGUCAUCCUGGCUGCUUCCAGUCGUUACUUUGCCACAAACAUGGACGUUUUAGCAACUCUUACCAUGCAUAAGUUAGACAUUUCUGAACUUGGACUUAAAGCUGCCCUGGACAUUAUCUACCGUCAAGACAUACCGAAAAUUAUUGUUGAAAGCAAUGAAGUGAAAGAAGCGUUUGAUAAACUUAAGAUAUUUCUUCCAUGCUAUAACAAUGUGGAUAAGUUGGGGCAUGAGCAUCAAAUGCCAUUUUUAGCUGAGUUGGCUCUUGGACUCGUACAGCCUUAUGGGGGUCAUCAUCUUGAUUCACAGGCACACCGCAACAGAGACAUAUAUCAGGGCUCCCCAGAUAUUAAUCAAGAUCAUCUUGAACAAUCCAAGAUUGAAGCCCAAUGCUGGAACAGUCUUCCACAUACACAACCCAUGCAAACUAGUCAUCCUCUGCAUGUAUCAGAAUCUGUAAAGUCUACCUCAACGAAGAAUUACCUCAGUCUUGAGCCAAGUUUCAAAUCAGUUGAUGAAAACAAUCAGAAUGUUCCUCCUGAAAAACAACCAUGUGACAAUAACCCUGAAACAAAAGAUACAAAACCUGCUGAGACCACAGAUGUUAACCCUGAUAAGUUUCGUAUCACACGGUCAGGAACGAUACGGAAGCAAGACAUUGAAGGAAGCAGCAUGGGGAGUCGUCGUAAAGAAACAUGCCAGAUGUGUGGUAAGGUAUAUAGUCACUCCAAUAUCUUGAGACACAUCUGGAAGGUGCACCAGUGUGGAGAGAAGACACACAGGAGGCCUUUAAGACCCAAGAAACUUCCCGGAGGAUCAAAAUCAUCUGUGUCAUGUGACAUAUGUGAAAAGAGGUUCGUUCGGAUGUAUUCUCUCCAGAUGCAUGUUGGGAUUCAACAUGGAAUAAAAUUCAGUAAAUAUCGAGAAUUGCAGAAAAUUAACAAACUUCCCAAAGUUCCUGCUAAUCAUAUCCCUGUAGUUAGAUGUGUGAAAAGAGGAGAACAGCUGUCAAUAACAAGACUUCCUCCAAAACGACGUCGUUUAAGCCACAAGCAUCAGAGGAUGUACCAUACCCGUCGUGGUUCCCCUAGACACGUGCCAAAUACUUUCAACCUGCAUGUCUCAACGAGCAACCAAAAUCAUACGCAACCCCAGCUGCCAUCUAUGUUGGCCCAGCAACCUCAGGGGUCAAAGGAUCAAGAUCAAACCUCAUUAUGGAAUUUGCCUGGGGGAUACAUGCAACAACAGUUCCAGAACAUUCUAGGGCAGCCCUCUACCUGGGGCUUAUGGCAAGCCCCACCUCCUCAGAACACACCCACCACAGCCCAUCCUAACCCUCCAAAAACACCAGAGGUAUCCCAGAAUGCCUCAUCGAGAGUCAAAUGUCAAAUUUGUGAGGAAACUUUUGCCACAAGAGGGAGCUGCACACGACAUAUUGCCCGUAUCCAUAACAACCAUCGUAAAUACUCAUGUAAAUUUUGUGGGAAAAAAUGUUUCGAUACGACUGACUUGAAACUUCAUACUCAGACACACACGGGGGAGAAAACCCAUGAAUGUUCACAUUGUUUGAAACGAUUCAUCCAGAAAGGUCAGUUACGUUUACAUAUACAAUCAGUGCACAACGAAGAAAAACAAAGAGACAAAACAAAACACGUAAUCGACCCAAAUGCUGCUGAAACAUUUUUCUGUAAACUUUGCAGCUUCAAGUCUAAAUAUAAAGCGUAUUUAAAGACUCACAUGACUCGGAAACAUAGUAGCGAUAUCCCCGAGAUCACAUGCUCAGAAUGCACUCUAGUUGAGGCUGACCAGUGCCCCGAGGGCUGGAUACAGAACGAUUAUUUCUGUUACUUCUUUAGUGAGGAGAGAUUUGACUUUGAAGAUGCAAGAAAAGAAGAAUGUCCUGAGAGAGACCCGAGAGCUGACUUGGCUAGUAUAGCAACAAUGGAUGAACUCCAAUUUCUACAGAAUGUGACUAGGAGAAGGGACCAGUCAUUCUGGUUGGGGAUGAAGGGAGUGAACAGAAACUAUAAAUGGGUAGAUGGAACACCUUGGGACCCUGCUGUCGCUGAUGCAGCCUGGGGCGAAGGUGAACCUGACGCAGAUGAUGAAGAGUGUGGCCACUUCAACCCUGAUGGCACAUGGAAUGAUGACUCCUGUGAUAAUGACGACCUGGGCUUCAUCUGUAAGAUAAAUCUGCGCAAAAAUUGUGUAGCUGGCUGGAUGGAAUACCAAGGGAAUUGCUAUCUGUUCAGUGACGAGGAAGAUGAUUUUGAAAAUGCUGAUGAAGAUGAAUGCCCAGAGAAACAUCCACAUGCCAGACUGGCCAGUAUCAGCAACAUUGAUGAACUUACAUGGCUAAAGAGUCAGGUGGUGUUGAAGGAGGAAGAAUAUUGGAUUGGAAUGAAGGGAAACAACAAAAAUUUCCACUGGAUAGAUGGAACUCUAUGGGACACUGAAGUAGAGCGAGAGGGUUGGAGGCCUGGGCAACCAGAUGGGAAUGGGGAGCAAUGUGGAUUUUUCUACUCUGAUGGGAAGUGGGGAGAUGAUAACUGUCACGAUGAUGAUAGAAGGUUUCUCUGUAAAUAUCCCACACAGAGAACCAAUCUGAACUGCCCACCAAGAUGGUUGGAGUACAUGGACUUCUGCUACUAUUUUGGUACUGAGCAGCUUGACUGGAGAGACAGUAAAGAUGAAGAAUGCCCAGAACGAGCUACAGGAUCAACACUGGCCAGUAUCACUACACAAACUGAACUGAAUUUUCUGAAAGGUCAUGUGAAAAGAAGAAAGAAAAAGUUUUGGCUAGGAUUGACAGAUGAACCUGCUCCAUGGCAUUGGAUUGAUGGCUCUGCCUGGAACACAGCAUUAGAGUAUAAUAUCCACUCAGGGGAACCCUCCGGGGGUGACCAACAUUGUGGCCACUUCUAUGAGGAUGGUACAUGGGGAGAUGAGGAUUGUGAUAAAGACAAUGAGAUGUCAUCCCUGUGUAAACUAAGGUGGCGCCCCUCUACACUUGCCCCUUCCACAACACCACAAUACACUGGCCCCACUACAGUUGGUUUAUGUCCAAGUGGCUGGAAGCCUGCUGCAAAUUCUAGAUACUGUUACUUGUUCAGCUCUGACAGACAAGAAUGGCAGGCUGCUCUGGAUAUGUGUAAAAGCUAUGGGCCCACAUCAAACCUUGCUAGCAUUGAAUCUUUGGAUGAACUGAGUGUGAUAGGAAUGGAGAUUGCAUUUAUUAACCAGCAUAACUUCUGGCUUGGCAUGACUGACCUUCCGAAAGGUGAUGGGAACUACUAUUGGAUAGAUGGCGCUGUAUGGCAGCAACACAUUGCUGAUGUUGCUUGGGCAGAAGGGCAACCAGAUGGGGGAGGUGUGGGAGAUGAACACUGUGGGGAAAUGACCAGAUUAGGUGCCUGGAAUGAUAAACGCUGCAGUGAUAGGAGGCCAUACAUUUGUAAACAGCUCAAAGUUGGAUAUACAAGACCUACAAGACCUACUACAACUCCUGAAUCAUCAACAACCACACCAGCUGUUACAUCUUCCCCUCCAACACCAACUGCUCCAAUACCAAAGUGUCCCCAGGGCUGGAAACAGUAUCAUACUUUUUGCUACUUCUUCAGUGAGGAGAGAGAUGACUUUGAGGAUGCAAGGGAAGAUGAAUGUCCUGAAAGGGAUCCAAGAUCUGAUUUGGCCAGUAUUGCAACUAUGGGGGAAUUGGAGUUUUUGGGAAGUGAGGUAAGACGGCUAAAACAAGAAUUCUGGCUCGGAAUGAAGGGUGUCAACAGGAAAUAUAGAUGGGUUGAUGGGACACCAUGGGAUGAUACCAUGGCAUAUUUGUCAUGGAAACCAGGGGAACCAGAUGGGAAAGGUGAACAAUGCGGACACUUCAACUCAGAUGGAACCUGGAGUGAUGAUGAGUGUAAAAAUGAUAAAAGGAACUUCCUCUGUAAAUUUGAUGUGAACCAAGCAUGUGAGGCUGGUUGGAUGGAGUACCAGGGAAAUUGCUAUCUGUUCAGUGAUGAGGAAGAUGAUUUCAAAGAUGCUGAUGAAGAUGAAUGCCCAGAGAGACAUCCACGUGCCAGACUAGCCAGUAUUGAAGAUGAGAGCACAUUGAUUUUCCUGAAGUCUGAAGUAGAAGUUCGUGGUAAGGAAUACUGGAUUGGAAUGAAAGGCAAUAAUAAAGUAUUCACUUGGAUAGAUGGCACUGUAUGGGAUACUGCAGUUGAGCAAGAUAGUUGGAGGCCUGGGCAGCCAGAUGGUAAUGGGGAGCAGUGUGGGUUCUUCUACUCUGAUGGGAAAUGGGGAGAUGACGACUGUGACAAUGAUGACAGGAGGUUUCUCUGUAAAUAUCCCACACAGAGAAACAAUCUGAACUGCCCACCAAGAUGGUUAGAGUACAGGGAAAACUGCUACUUUUUUGGUAUUGAGAAGGAUGACUGGAGAGACAGUGAUACCCUUGAGUGUCCCGAGAGAGACCCCAGAGCCAAACUUGCUAGUAUAGUCACACAGGAUGAACUGGAUUUCCUUAAAACUGAAGUAAAGAGACUGAACAAGAAGUACUGGAUAGGAAUGACUGAUGUACCUUCUCCUUGGCACUGGUCGGAUGGUUCCUCAUGGAACCCAGCAUUGGAGAGCAACUUCCGUAUAGGUGAGCCCUCUGGUGGCAAUCAACAUUGCGGCCAUUUUUAUGAGGAUGGUACAUGGGGAGAUGAGGAAUGUGAUAAGGAUGAUGAGAUGUCAUUCAUGUGUAAACUAAGAUGGCGUCCUGUGACUACUACACCCACUCUCCCAUUUACAGGAUCCACUACAGAGGGUGUUUGCCCAUAUGGGUGGACAAUUGGAGAGCCCUACUGCUAUUUGUACAGUACAGACAUAAAAGAGUGGCAAGAAGCAAGAGACAUGUGCUCCAGUGUAGGAGCCACCUUGGCCAGUGUAGAGUCUAUGGAGGAACUGGCAGUGUUGAAGAUGGGUGUCCUGGUAAGCGAGACAUACUACUGGCUGGGCAUGACAGAUAACCCCCGAGGGGACAAGAACUAUUACUGGAUAGAUGGCACCACCUGGGACCCAGAAGUUGCGCGGGUUGCAUGGAAGAAGGGACAACCAGAUGGGGGGAGUAGAGGGGAUGAACAUUGUGGGGAGUUCACACCUGAUGGCUUUUGGAAUGAUCAGCAAUGCGAUGACAGGAGAAGAUACAUCUGCAAGAAACUGAAAUUGGGAGGAACAAGUUCAACCAAACAUCCAAGUACACAGACAACAGAAUCAACCAUCCAGACAACACAAUCAACUAAACAGACAACACAACCAACCCCCCAAACAACACAACCAGUCAAACAGACAACACAAUCAACCAAACAGACAACACAAUCAACAAGACAUACAACACAAUCAACGAGAUAUACAACACAAUCAACCAGACAAACAACACAGUCAACAAGACAAGUUACAGAGACCAUACAUACUAUUAAGUUUACAACUCCCAGGCCCAGCACAUCAAGGCAAACUUUCCCCUGGACAUUCAAACCAGUGGGAAGUACAACAGAGCCACCUAUUACUGGUUCUGGGAAAAACAGCAAUCAGAAAGGAUUUGACUUCAACAAACAAGGUGCAUUGGUAUUGGGGCCAAUAUUUGCUGUUGUUGUUGUGGUCAUCUUUUCUGUUCUGCUAGUCUUUUAUAUCAAGAGGCGAAGAAGAAUUCGUGGAUACUACAAGGAAGACUUCAUAGAUGGCGACACAUUUGACAAUGCCACCUAUAACAUUAACAUGGGAAAUAUCAAUGACCAUAAAGUGAAGAAAGAGAAUGUUUCAGAAGCCUAA